AUGAGUGUCAGGGCGUUUCAUAGUGCCACUCAGCCGUCCCACAGUGUGUUGCUCUCCUAUCUGCUGUGCUGCCUAGCACCAAGGAGCCCAGCCGCAAUGCCUCUGUUCAAACUUGCAGCAGAAGAAAAACAAGUUGACGAUGCAAUGCGUAGCUUUGCUGAACGAGUGUUUGCCUCUGAAGUCAAAGAUGAGGGAGGCCGGCAUGAAAUUUCCCCUUUUGAUGUGGAUGAGAUCUGUCCAAUUUCUUUUCACGAGAUGCAAGCACAUAUAUUCCACAAGGAGAUUCUCUCUACUUCCACCGAUGGCCGGAGAAAAAGGCGUUUUCAAGGGCGGAAGACUGUGAAUCUGUCAAUUCCACUAAGUGAAACAUCUUCUACCAAACUGUCCCAUAUUGAUGAAUGCAUUUCUUCAUCUCCAACCUACGAGACUGUGCCUGAUUUUCAGAGAGUUCAGAUCACUGGGGACUAUGCCUCUGGGGUAACAGUUGAAGAUUUCGAGGUGGUUUGUACAGGACUGUACCGGGCACUCUGUAUCCGGGAGAAAUACAUGCAGAAAUCGUUUCAGAGGUUCCCCAAGACGCCCUCCAAGUACCUGCGGAAUAUCGAUGGCCAAGCUUGGGUAGCAAAGGAGAACUUCUAUCCAGUCUUUACCCCUCCGCCGAAGAAGGGCGAAGACCCCUUCAGAGCAGAUAACCUGCCUGAAAACCUGGGCUAUCACCUCCAGAUGAAGCACGGUGUAGUGUACAUCUAUCCUAACGAAGCGGCUGCCAGCAAAGACGAGCCCAAGCCAUAUCCCUACCCCAAUCUGGAUGCCUUCUUAGACGACAUGAAUUUUUUGCUUGCUUUAAUUGCUCAAGGACCUGUAAAGACUUAUGCCCACCGGCGCCUGAAGUUCCUCUCCUCCAAGUUUCAGGUCCAUCAAAUGCUCAAUGAGAUGGAUGAGCUAAAGGAGCUGAAGAACAACCCCCACCGAGAUUUUUAUAAUUGCAGAAAGGUGGACACCCAUAUCCACGCAGCGGCCUGCAUGAACCAGAAGCACCUGCUGCGCUUCAUUAAGAAAUCGUACCAUGUCGAUGCCGACAGAGUGGUCUACAGCACCAAAGAGAAGAAUCUGACCUUAAAGGAGCUUUUUGACAAAUUGAAGAUGCACCCAUAUGACCUGACUGUGGAUUCACUGGAUGUUCACGCUGGUCGCCAGACAUUCCAGCGUUUUGAUAAAUUUAACGACAAAUACAAUCCCGUGGGAGCAAGUGAGCUUCGGGACCUCUACCUGAAGACUGACAAUUUUAUUAAUGGAGAAUAUUUUGCCACUAUCAUCAAGGAGGUAGGAGCAGACCUGGUGGAUGCCAAGUAUCAGCAUGCAGAGCCCCGCCUGUCCAUCUAUGGUCGCAGUCCAGACGAGUGGAGCAAACUUUCCUCCUGGUUUGUCCGAAACCGAAUCUACUGCCCCAACAUGACGUGGAUGAUCCAGAUCCCCAGGAUCUACGAUGUAUUCCGAUCCAAGAAUUUCCUUCCACACUUUGGGAAAAUGCUGGAGAAUAUUUUCAUGCCAGUGUUUGAGGCCACCAUCAACCCCCAGGCUCACCCAGACCUCAGUAUCUUCCUCAAGCAUAUCACUGGCUUUGACAGUGUGGAUGAUGAGUCCAAGCACAGUGGUCACAUGUUUUCUUCUAAAAGUCCCAAGCCCCAGGAGUGGACGAUGGAAAAGAACCCGUCCUACACUUACUAUGCCUACUACAUGUAUGCCAACAUCAUGGUGCUCAACUGCCUGAGAAAGUAAGUACAGAGCCCGGGGUCGAGGGAGUCCCUGGGCCCAGCCCCUCCUCACAGCCUGGCUCUGCAGGUAGUCAAAGCUCUCGGUGUACUUCUGGAGUGUUUCCUACUGGCCCAAAGUAGAAGUUUCUCUCUCAAACUUUUUCUUCAGAUUCUUAGGGGCAGCAAGAGUCCUGUGUUACAGUACUUGUAUUUCUUAGCCCAGAUUCCCAUUGCUAUGUCACCAUUGAGUAACAACAGCCUAUUUCUCGAGUAUGCGAAAAAUCCCUUUUUGGAUUUCCUCCAGAAAGGGCUCAUGAUCUCCCUGUCCACCGACGAUCCCAUGCAGUUCCACUUCACCAAGGAGCCCCUGAUGGAGGAGUAUGCCAUUGCCGCACAAGUCUUCAAGCUGAGCACCUGUGACAUGUGUGAAGUGGCUAGGAACAGCGUGCUGCAGUGUGGGAUUGCUCAUGAGGAAAAAGCAAAGUUUCUGGGUGAUAAUUAUCUUGAGGAAGGCCCUAGUGGGAAUGAUAUCCGGAAGACAAAUGUAGCCCAAAUCCGCAUGGCUUAUCGUUAUGAAACCUGGUGUUAUGAACUCAACUUAAUCGCUGAAGGUCUUAAGUCAACAGAAUAAAAUAAAUAAACCAAAUGAUGA